AGACCCCCAAAGCAUCCUAGUCGGGGUGGGCAAGGAGUCUAGUCUGGCCCCGGACCUGCUGCUCCAUCCCUCGUGUCUCCAGAUUUGAAAAGAACCAAGAAAGAGAGCCUGUCACCAGGAGUCACUUGUGCAGUACUUCCAGUUAAAUUUCAAAUGUUGAUUCUCCCAAGAUUCAGCCAUGACAGAUACAGUGUUUAGCAACAGUUCUGAUCGCUGGAUGUGUCCAAACGACCGAUCGAUGGCCCUCAGAGCAAAUGAAAAGGAACAACUCCCUGCAGAAUGGUCAGUCCACCCAAACCAGCCAGCGAGACAAAGGAAGAACGAAGAGUUGACAGAUGAAGAGAAGGAGAUUAUCAACAGAGUAAUAGCUCGAGCAGAGAAAAUGGAAGAAAUGGAGCAGGAACGCAUCGGGCGCCUGGUGGACCGCUUGGAGACCAUGCGCAAGAACGUGGCUGGGGACGGGGUGAACCGCUGCAUCCUCUGCGGGGAACAGCUGGGGCUGCUCGGCUCCAACUGCGUGGUGUGUGAGGACUGCAAGAAGAACGUCUGCACCAAAUGUGGCAUCGAGUCCUCCAACAGUCGACCCCAUCCCAUCUGGCUUUGCAAAAUCUGCAGUGAACAGAGGGAGGUCUGGAAGCGAUCUGGAGCCUGGUUCUUCAAGGGCCUGCCGAAGCAGGUGCUCCCUCAACCCAUGCCAGUGAGAAAGACCAAGCCCCAGACGGCUCCCAGCCAGCCCGCCACACCCGAGCCCCCGGCCCCGGAGCCUAAACAUCACUCCAGAACCGCCAGCCGAGGUCCAGAGCUGGCUGCGGCUCCUGGCAGGGGAAGCUAUGGCCCCCCUGUGCGCCGGGCUUCAGAAGCUCGUAUGGCUCCAAGCGGCAGUGACUAUCCCAGCGGGGACGCACAACACUGGGACUCUGCCCAGGGAGGGCUCCCCAGCGACUCCGGCCGGGGUCCUGCAGGUUUGAGACGUGCUAAUUCAGUCCAGGCUUCCAGGCCUCCUCCGGCAUCAAGCCAAGGUGCCAUGGUCCAGCCGGCUCAGCGAGCCCCAGCAGAUGCAGUCCCGGCAGACCCUGACUAUCCAACCAUUCCCCGAGGAGAGCGAGCAGGGGGAUCAGGAACCUACUUCGGGCCUGGGGUCAAGGAGGAAAGGGUGGUCCGCCAGCCAGGACCCUACUCACAAGCUGCAGCUCCCCCCGCCAUGGUGGCCCCUGCCCGACAGCAGCCGCUGCCCCCGGAUGAAGAGGAAGAGGAGGCCAACAGCUAUGACUCUGACGAAGCAACUACUCUGGGAGCCCUGGAAUUCAGCCUUCUCUAUGACCAGGAUAACAGCUCCCUGCAGUGCACCAUCAUCAAGGCCAAGGGGUUAAAGCCGAUGGAUUCCAAUGGUUUGGCUGAUCCCUAUGUGAAGCUGCAUCUCUUACCAGGAGCCAGCAAGUCCAACAAACUGAGAACGAAGACCUUGAGGAACACACGGAACCCUGUCUGGAAUGAAACCUUGAUCUACCACGGUAUUACCGAUGAGGACAUGCAGAGGAAAACCCUGAGGAUCUCUGUCUGUGACGAAGACAAGUUUGGCCACAAUGAAUUUAUCGGUGAAACAAGAUUCUCCUUGAAGAAACUGAAACCCAACCAGAAAAAGAACUUCAACAUCUGCCUGGAGAGAGUCAUUCCGAUGAAGAGAGCUGGGACAACAGGGUCGGCCCGAGGAAUGGCGCUGUACGAAGAGGAGCAGGUGGACCGCGCGGGUGAGAUUGAGGAGCGAGGGAAGAUCCUGGUGUCCCUCAUGUACAGCACCCAGCAGGGCGGCCUCAUUGUUGGCAUUGUGCGCUGUGUCCACUUAGCUGCCAUGGAUGCCAACGGCUACUCGGACCCAUUUGUCAAACUUUGGCUGAAACCAGACAUGGGGAAGAAAGCCAAGCACAAGACGCAGAUUAAAAAGAAAACCUUGAAUCCUGAGUUUAACGAGGAGUUUUUCUAUGACAUAAAACAUAGCGAUCUGGCUAAGAAGUCGCUAGACAUCUCUGUCUGGGAUUAUGACAUUGGAAAAUCCAAUGACUAUAUCGGUGGUUGUCAGCUGGGCAUCACAGCCAAGGGGGAGCGCUUGAAACACUGGUACGAAUGCUUGAAGAACAAGGAUAAGAAAAUCGAGCGCUGGCACAAUCUACAAAAUGAAAACCAUGUGGCAAGUGACUGAAUUGAUCCACAGUCCCCAAGGAGUCCCCAUUCUGCACCAAUUCACUGUCAAUUUUUCUAUGUCCAUUCUCCCUCCUGUUGACCCUGAAUCUGCUCCCUCCUACCUGCAGCUCUUGCUCCCCCUCCUGCUUCAGCCUCUCUGAAACCGGCCUGGUCUCUUGGCACCCUUGACAGGCAUAACUCAUCCCAAUGGCCAACCCACAUCUGCACCAUUCCACCCUCUUUGGGUUUUCAUUUGAGAGUUUGAAUUACCUCCAGGGUCACUCACACACCUGGGGGAUGGGGUCUGGGCUACUAGCCGGGUUGCCACACACCCACAUCUCUGACCCCCCAGCCAUUGUAAUGGCUUCUCCUGUGUAUGUGCCCAAGGUGGUGGUGUUGAACCCCCUGCCAGCCUGUCUUUCCUUCUCCCAUGUCCCUCACUGAUCUGCCCUGCAUCCUGACCACUGAGGCCUGCUCAUUUCUGAGGCCAAACUCAACCCUCCAGCAGCAGGGGGGAACCUCUGAGGGCACAGUCUGGUGCUUUGGGAGGGGACCUGACAAAUUUAUCAUACUGCCAGAGGAAUGAGUGAAAUUUGGCUGAACUUGGCAUUCAGACGCCCUCUCCCACCUGGGCCUUCACCCAUAGACAACAGUCUUUGUGACCGGACUGAGGCUGCCUGGCACUGGGUGGGAGACUCCUUCCGACAGAUCAAGCCAAGUGGGCAGAGCCCUAUAGCCCACCCAAGAUCGCUGAGCACCAAUAGCACUAACCACUUAUGGGACCCAUUCCGGGAACACUUGUUGAGCUGCCAGGAGAGACUGGUAGCUCCUAAGAAUGGGGCCAGGCUAUUGCCAGGAUCCCAUUGGAUCCUACUGCCUGUAAACCCCCCUCCCAGAGCCAAGGAGGCCUGGCAGUUAAGGAAACUCCCUCAGAGAGUCACCAAUAGCCUGUACUGUAGAAACUCACAAGUGGCCCAUGGGCUGCCACUGCACACGUACUUACCACAUAUGUUUCACCGAGCAACUGUGUCUGCUUUCCCAUGUGGAUUUUUAGACUAUGUCUCAUGCUUUCUCAGUGUGCCACCCUCCCUUAGCCUCAAGGUGAACAGGGCUCCAAAAGCUCUUCUCCUAGGAAACCCACCAUAUACCCUAGUUACAUCUAGGAUGCUCAACGGUCUUCCAGUUUCUCCUGCUCUUCUUGGGCAGACAGACAGAAAAGUAUUUCCUGCCAAUGCCCAGCCUCUCCAUCACAUUUUUUUUUUCCCAUCGGCCAAAGGAGAGUUGAUGUUAAGCCUUUGGGGCCAUUUCAGUACAUCCACUGCUCUGCCCAUGUUCCAGGUUGAGGACUAGCAAGAUGGCUGGACUCAAGCUAGUAGCAUUUGGGAACGCAGUUAGUGCGUUCAAGUAGUAUCUUGUUUCAUGCUUUGUUGGUGAGCUAGCCCAUUUGUGCAAUGGUAAUGGUGAUGGUGUCUUCUGCUUUGAUAAGCCCUCCCUCCCCUCCAACCAUAGCUUUAGAUUUGGGGUCGUUAUUUUCCCUCUCACGUGGAUAUCCAGAGUGUUACCCACUUCUGGGGCCAGACACACACAUAUCCACUGCAGCUUCCAUGGUCAUGAGGGCGUCUGCCCAGUCCUCAGUGAAGGUUUCAGUGGCUUAACCCUAGGCUGUGUUCUUAGUCUCUGCUCUUCUGCUGAACCCAAUAGCCUUGUGACCCUGAGGCCUAUUCCAGCCCACCAUACAUGCCUGGCCUCUUCCCUUGAUGGUGAGGACCUUCUCAUUUCUGCUCAAUGGCCUCACCUUUUGUAGAACUUAGCCCCCCUAGAAGACUAGCAGAACCCCUCCUUUGGUUUCGUGCUGGGUGGGGUCCCUUUCAGCUUUGAGGGUUUGGGUGAGUGGUACUCCCUCCUCCAUGCCUGCCUGGACCAAGGGAUAAUAAAUACUAAUAGUAAUAGUAACUGUGAUAUUUGGUAAGUGCUGAACUGAACUUGUAUCUACCCCUGUA